UACAUUCAGCAGAUACAUAAAGGUUUGAACAAGGAAGACAGAAACAGACCUAAACAACAAGUGCGUUAUGUGACCCUGUCCAAGAUGAUAUUACUUUUAGUUAGUCUCUUCCUUGGGAACAUUCCUUCCUUUGCAUUUUCUGCGUCCUCCCAGCCAAAAAUUAACUGUCUUAUCAUAAAUCUGGACUAUGUUAAUUGCACAUGGACUGAGCAUGAGCACCGUUACAUUUUCAAGAGCAUGUUUACUCAUAAGGAAAUUUUGGACUGUCCAGAAUAUCUAAGGAUUGAUGGUGUUAAUGCGGUCUGCAAGUUCCCCUACAUAAAACCACAACGGUUUAAUGACUUAAUUACAUGGCUGUACAGUGACAAUGGCAGUUUGGUGACAAAGCAGGAACAUAAGCUCAAAGAAUAUGUGAAGCUUAACCCUCCGUUCAACCUGUCCGUGAUGGAGAAAAAAGACACUGAACUAUGGCUGUACUGGAAUAAUUCAAAGAACGACAGCUGCAUUGAGAGUGAAGUUCGUCACAGGACAGACAACAAUCCAUGGAAGAACACCACUCCAGGCAGAAGGACUACUUUCAGUUUGCCUUUCCCCGCAAAAAAACGCUAUGAGUUCCAGGUCAGGGCCCGAAUAGAGUCAUCCUGCGGAGAGUCCAAGUUUUGGAGCGACUGGAGUGAGCCUGUCUACUGGGGAUCUUUAAAGACCAACGACACCUCAGGUGGUUUCCCCAUGUCUGUGAUGUCACUGGUGCUGUGUACAGCAGGAGCCACAGUUAUUCUCAUCAUACUGUCCUGCUUGCUCGUCCAUAGCGAGAGGCUAAGAAUAAUUUUAAUACCAGUGGUACCAAAUGCAGGACGAAAUGUAAGCAAAUACCUUGCAGCCCUGUUUGACAAUUAUGAUGGCAAUGUUGAGAAAUGGCUGUCCAUGCCUAAAGAUCUGGAGAAUGGCUUCAAACCCAAUUUCACGGAGCGUGCCUGUCCUGUGCGCGAGUACAGGAUAGUGUCCCAGUCCAGCACUGACAGCGAAAGCAUCCUCUCAAACCCAACAGACCUGUCAUCAGAUUACCAGUGCAUGCAUAGCUACUCAUCAGCCUCCACCAUACCUGGGUCUUCUGAAACCAUACAACCCCAAGAUCUGUCGCAAGUGGAUAAUCCAGUCUAAAUCUUCAUCUUAAUCGGAAGCUAUUAAAGUCGAGAGUUUAGAAAUGAGUGUCUUUGACUUUUAGUUUUGAAACUAAAAUCCUGAAAAGAAAAGAGAAAAUAUUUACACCUCAAAAAGGGGUGAUGCAUAUGUUUUAUGAUGAAUCCAAGUAAAAUCCUG